ACUGGUUUCCAGUUCCACUUUUCACCUCAUCUUCUCGUGUCUCAUUUCGACACUAUGUGACCCCCAUGCUGGGUUUCCACCGCGGGGUUGAACACCGAGGAGAGCGUGAUCGUGAAGCGGCAUCAUGUCGAACUGCGAGAGGAACAAGAAGAUCCUGCUGGAGCUGGUGAAGCAGCCGGAGAACAGCCGCUGCGCAGACUGCGGCGCGCCCGAACCAGACUGGGCGUGCUACAAACUCGGCGUGUUUGUGUGUCUGAACUGCUCCGGCAUUCACCGCAACCUCUCCAGCCGGGUCAAAUCCAUACGCUUAGACUUCUGGGAAGAUGAACUCGUGGAGUUCAUGAAAUCUGCCGGCAACGCCAAGGCCCGAGCUUUGUACGAGAAAGCCAUCCCACCAUUCUACUACCGGCCUCAGGAAAACGACUGCAACGUCCUGAGGGAGCAGUGGAUUCGAGCAAAGUAUCAGAGGAUGGAGUUCUCCGGGGAAACCAAGUAUCCACCUCUGUCGUACACAACAGGUUUCUAUGAAGGGAUUUUGUGGAAGAAAGGCAAAAACAACAUGCAGUUUCAGAAGAGGAAGUUUAUUCUGUCGGAGAGAGAAUUCACCCUGACAUACUACAACAAACAAGACUCCAAAGGACCUAAAGCCGUGAUCUCCAUCAAGGACCUGAACGCCACCUUCCAGCCACAGAAGAUCGGUCACCCUCACGGGCUCCAGAUUUCUUAUCAGGGUGACGAUCACAUCAGGAACCUCUAUGUUUACCAUGAAGGUUCAGAGGAAAUAGUUUCUUGGUACAACGCCAUCCGAGCUGCUCGAUACGCAUACCUGAAAACAGCCUACCCGACGGGGAGCAACGAAGAGCUGGUACCAAAGAUUACGAGAAACUACCUUAAAGAGGGAUACAUGGAAAAGACAGGGCCCUUGCAAAAGGAGGCUUUUAAAAAGCGCUGGUUUAUUUUGGACUCAGAAAACAGGAAGCUGCUUUACCUCAGAGACAAAUUGGAUGCAGAGGAGUUAGGGGUCCUUUUCAUCGGCACAGAGAGCAACGGUUACUCCAUUAAGGCGUGUGCCCCGAAGCACGCUCGUCGGAACAAGUGGAAGUGUGGCAUCAGGGUGGAGACGCCUGAGCGCCAGUUUGUAUUCAUGUGUGAGCAGGAGAGGGAGCAGAGAGAGUGGCUGGACGCUCUGAGGAAGGUGCUGUGCCGGUCCAUGUCACCGCAGGAUCAUACCGUUGAAGCCAAUAUGAAGUAUAAAAAAUGAACUACAAAACGUGACACAACAGGAUGACGAGAAAUUAUGGAUGAACUUCUGCAGCGGGACAGUUGAACAUGCACUCAAUCACGCCUGACUCUUUAGUACAACAACUCUGACCGAUUUAAAAUAAUUUAAACCCACAGUGGACACAAUACUCAUCAGGUUUAGAAAAUAUUUCUUUACUCUGAAAUUUUUUAAGCCCCUCUUAUCAUUUUAUAGGGUCUCAUUACUGUAUAAAUACAAGACAUUUCUUAACCUUUACCUUUUGAAAAGUUUUUGUUCUUUGUUAAAAGUAUGUAAUAUUAAACCUGCCAUUGAAAGGGGUAAUUAACAUUUUGCAUUGUAAAAUCAAUUCCUUUUUGAUAAAUAAAGUGUGAUUUAUUAUUGAUAAGGGGUGUAACUAGGCAACUUUCUCAAUGAAUAAACAAGAAAUUAAAUUAUACAACAUGAAACUGUGUACAUUUACAAAAUGAAAAGCAUUUAUUUUUUCUUUUUCUAAUAAAUUUAUUGUUAAG